AUGAAGUCGAAACUUUGUUCUGGUGAGCUGAUUGUGAUGCAGCAGAUCUCAAUGCCGCUAGAAGAGCUUUCGACAGCCUUCACGCCGCGAGUCGAUGCAGAGGCUGGCUGUUCGCCAGAGCAUCCGCUGGGGACCAGCACGAAUGCCAAGGACUUGAUCGCCAACCUGAACCGCAUCAGGCAGUUGAAAUGCACUCCCUGCCGCUCCUCCGCAACCUCCGAUGCUUCAAGAGCCCCUACGCCAGUCGACAUGUUGGAAUCAAACAGCGUCUUUGACCCGAUGAAGACUAUCACAGGCCUCCUCUACCCGCGUCAAGAUCGCAGUGGGUUGCAAAUACAUCUCAGCUUCUCAAGCCCUCAACCUCAACCUUCGAAAAACGUCUGCAAGAGGCAAGACCACGAGAAGCAAGGACAUUGUAGGCAUGCUUGCUAUCAUGAAGAUCAACUGAAUAUCAACGAGACUUUCACCCAUGCCAAGAACAACCUAACUUCAGACCGUGAAGACGAAGCUCCUUCUAGAUUAUUCGAUCAUGUCCAAAACGACAAGCAGCGUUACCCGAAUUCGGGGUUUUUGAACUCUUUCUUUCAGAACAGGACUCUGACCUUCCUUGAGAAUUGGCCGUUUCAGCGAAAGCAUUCCAAGUCAAUGGACCCGACGAACAUUGAGAGUGUCAUAAAGCUGGCAAAGGAACAGGCCAGACACGACCUAAACAACUUGGGAGAUGAACUGCAAACGCUUGUCUCGCAGAUGGAGUGUGAAUUGCAAGAAGAAAGGUUUGUAGCUACACAGAAGGAGGCUUGCCUGCAAAUGGUAAAAGGAUGA